AUGGAGUGUCCAGAGUUACAUGUUACCUUUAGUGGACAAAAAGCCGAUAGUUAUGCCUCCUAUCAUUCCGCCCACCACCAGAUCUUUUUGGCUGAUUCGCUUCGUUUCUUUUUAAAUAGCAAUGCCCGGUCCAAAGGGCCAUUUAAACCAAGAGCAGUCCAUAAAGGGACAACUAACUACCAGUUGAGACAAUUCGCAGAAGCUACGCUUGGAAGUGGAAGUCUGAGGAAGGCAGUAAAAUUGCCUGAAGGUGAAGAUUUGAACGAGUGGCUUGCAGUGAAUGUUGUGGAUUUUUAUAACCAGAUCAACCUGCUCUACGGAUCAAUUACGGAGUUCUGCUCGCCCCAAUCAUGCCCUGAAAUGAAGGCUACAGAUGAAUUCGAGUAUUUGUGGCAGGAUUCGGAGAACUACAAACGGCCCACGAAAAUGUCCGCUCCGCAAUAUGUCGAGCACUUGAUGGCUUGGGUUCAGAGCAACAUUGAUAACGAGCAAAUGUUUCCCAGCCGAAUCGGCGUCCCUUUCCCAAAAACGUUCACCAAUCUCUUGCGCCAACUCUUCAAGCGGCUCUACCGAGUAUAUGCUCAUAUCUACUGCCACCACUAUCCGGUGAUUGUGCAUCUGGGCCUAGAGCCUCACCUUAACACAAGCUUCAAGCAUUACGUGCUCUUUGUUGACGAGCACAGCUUGGCCAGCGGGAAGGACUUUUGGGGCCCACUGGGUGACCUGGUUGAGAGUAUGCUUCGCAGUGACUAA